AGCUGUGCCUUUCAGUGCAUCAACAGUCUUGAAAGGAAACAUUUACGCGUCGAAAUAAUGGACACUUAUUCUGGUUAGUACGCUUUACUUUUACAUUAUAUGAUAAAUAUUUAUUCACUCAAAUAUUUAGUAAAAUGUGGACAAUCCCGAAGCCAAGGUAUAGAACUGAUUUGUGCGCCGAGGGGGAGAUUGCUGUGAACAUUGGCGGAGUCCGAGUGGUGCUUUUCGGGGAUGUUUUGAACCGCUACCCGGAGAGCAGACUGGCGGAGUUGUUGAAUUGCUCAACUCAGAAUUCUGAGGUUAUCUCGUCUCUUUGUGAUGACUUCGAUCCGAGCAGAAAAGAGUUUUACUUUGACCGAGAUCCCGAUGCCUUCAAGUGCAUCAUCGACGUUUACUACUUUGAUGAAAUCCACAUCAAACGUGGCAUUUGCCCCAUCUGUUUCAUAAAGGAGAUGGAGUUCUGGAAAAUAGACCAAAGUGUGUUAGAUGAAUGCUGCAAAAGUUACCUAAGUGAAAAGGAGGAGGAGUUGAAAGAGAUUGCAAAAAAAGUGAAAAUUAUUCUGGAGGAUCUGGAAGUGGAUCGGUGCAUUACGCGCACCCAGCGGUGCCAGAGGUUCAUGUGGAAACUCAUGGAAAAGCCGGGCUCCUCCCUGCUUGCGCGCAUCAUCGCCAUCGCAUCCUUUCUCUCUGUCCUGGUCUCGGCGGUGGUGAUGUGCGUGGGGACCAUCCCGGAGCUUCAGGUGGCAGACGCCGAGGGGAAACUGGUGGAACACCCGAUCCUGGAGGCGAUCGAGACCGCAUGUAUGACAUGGUUCACCGCGGAGUACUUGCUGCGUCUCGCCUCCUCUCCGAACAAGCUGCACUUCGCGUUCUCCUUCAUGAACGUCAUAGACUUUAUGGCCAUCAUGCCUUUUUACGUGGUCCUGUCCCUUACCUACCUCGGUACCACAUCCAUGAUGGAGCUUGCCAACGUCCAACAGGCUGUCCAGGCGCUCCGAAUCAUGCGUAUCGCGCGUAUUUUCAAGCUGGCGCGCCACUCUUCUGGGCUCCAGACUCUGACCUACGCGCUCAAGAGGAGCCUCAAGGAGCUUGGGCUGCUCCUCAUGUACAUGGGCGUGGGGAUCUUUGUGUUCUCAGCGCUUGCCUACACUAUGGAGCAAAGCCACCCAGAGACGCUUUUCAGGAGCAUCCCGCAGUCUUUCUGGUGGGCCAUCAUCACCAUGACCACGGUGGGCUACGGAGACAUCUACCCCAAAACCACGCUCGGCAAAUGCAACGCAGCCGUGAGCUUUCUGUGCGGCGUGAUAGCCAUCGCCUUGCCCAUCCACCCUAUCAUAAAUAACUUUGUGGUCUUCUACAAUAAACAGAAAGUAUUGGAAACUGCGGCGAAGCACGAAGUGGAGCUGAUGGAGCUGAAGUCUGGCAGGGAAGCGCGCAGGAAAAGCAGAACUUAAGACAAGAGGCACCAACAGUUUGAGCAAGUACAAGACAUUUUACUGCCACCAGACUGGAGCAUCAGGGCAGCUUCAUCCCUGAAGCAAAUGUGAAAAUAAAAAAGUCACAAAUUGAAUGCACCCAAACAAAAUUUAAAAUAUAAAAUAAUUUAAAAUAUUGAUGUGCAAACUUGGCAUUGAAACAGUGAGGUUUUUUAUAGGACAGCUCAUGCAUGACAUCUGUACAUAACACAGAUCUCUACAGCUGUGUUGUUUCUGUUGCUGUUUAUUCCAUGGUGCUAUUGCUUCGUUCUUGUUAU